CUUCCUAUAGAAAUGUUGCCUAGCUACCUCACUCUGUAUCCACCGUUCGGCAAUUUUCACUCUAAUGUGAUUGUCCAACUCCCAACGCGUACCGUGGUAACAGUAUUCCUCAAGUUCACCCUGGCAUUAAUGUCCAUCCAUGUGAGGAAAUCAGGUACACUUUUUCCCUAUAUAAGCGUCACAUAUUGCAGCAAUAGUUGAAACUCACUUACCGGAGGGCCUACUUUCUACUUGCUGUCAUUUCAUACGUACUGUUUUUGUUUCCCUG